AUUUGUAUCUAAAAAUGGAGUAUAUACAAUAUUUAAUUUGGCAAAACCACGUAUAAAAUCGUCUUAGGUCUUCUAUUAAAGACGCUCUAUAAAAUAAUUUUAAAUCAACUAUACUUAAUACGAAUAAUUUAAAGCACGGAUACAUACUAGUUCGAGAAUUUAAAAAAAGACCGUAUAAACAAAUGACAAGUGCGGAUGCACGACGACGCAGCAAACUCCUUUUAGAAGGAGGGGAGUUGACUCACCUCUGUUGAUUAUAAUAAUUAAAACUUAGAAAAAAUACCAAACUAUAUCAUUUAUAAACUCCUACUAGCCUACUACAAUCACAAUCCAACAAAUAAAAUGAUGAAUAUAGUUACAAUUUCCGUCCAAAUUCAUUUCAGCCUUUCGCAUUUAUAAAGUGUCCACUUUUUUUUCUUUCUCACCAUUUUCUCUCUCCUCUAUAUCACCCCAUAUCUCAUUUUUCCCACCAUCCUUUUUCUCUUAUUUUCCCCAAACAUUCCAUUACACAAUUUAGCACUAAGAAAACAGUCAAAUUAUAUAUUACAAAAAAAAAAAAAAAAAAAUUAAAUUUUAUUUUAGGAGUAUUAUUUUUAUUAUUAUUAAAAAUGGAGAAAAAGAGUAGCAGUUCAGGAGAGAAAGACUCGCUUCAUGCUCUUUACAAAGUUCCUUCUGGUGAUGGCCCUUAUGUUCGUGCCAAACAUGCCCAGCUGGUGCAAAAGGACCCAGAAGCAGCAAUAGUACUAUUUUGGAAGGCUAUAAAUGCAGGGGAUAGAGUGGAUAGUGCACUCAAAGAUAUGGCUGUUGUAAUGAAACAGCUUGAUAGAACUGAAGAGGCCAUUGAAGCUAUUAAGUCUUUUAGAGGCCUUUGCUCUAGGAAUGCUCAGGAAUCCCUCGACAACGUUCUCAUCGAUUUGUAUAAGAAAUGUGGGAAAGUAGAUGAACAAAUUGAGCUCCUAAGACAGAAACUACGGAUGAUAUACCAAGGCGAAGCAUUCAACGGAAAACCAACAAAGACAGCAAGAUCUCAUGGCAAGAAGUUUCAAGUUUCCAUCAAAAAAGAAACCUCUAGAAUACUGGGGAACUUGGGCUGGGCCUACAUGCAAAAGACAAACUAUAUGGCAGCAGAAGUGGUCUAUAGAAAGGCCCAAAUGAUUGACCCGGAUGCAAAUAAGGCCUGCAACUUGGGCUUUUGUCUUAUAAAGCAAGCCCGAUAUGAUGAAGCCCGUUCGGUGCUCGAGGAAGUAUUGCAGGUCAAAGUUCCGGGCUCGGAGGAUAUCCGAUCAAGGAACCGGGCCGAGGAACUGUUGUUGGAUUUGGAGUCACGACAACCGCCUUCUUUGUUGUCUAGCAUUGUGAGCCUUCAUUUGGAGGAUGAGUUUGUCCAAGGGCUUGAGGAAUUUGAAUCUAAAUGGAGCUCAAUGAAACCUAGAAGACUUCCUAUAUUUGAGGAAAUUUCCAACUUCAAAGAUCAAUUAGCUUGCUAGAUAUAUACAUUUGUUUUUUUCCUUUUUUGAAUUUUGUGUUUAGAGAUGUUUAUAUAGAAAAUGCAAAGUGUGGUGUUAAUAGGGUUGAAUAGAAAUAUAUGUUUGAAAUGCGUAAGGUUGUUUGUACUAUGUCAAUAGCAAUUAGCAAUGAUGUUUGAGGAGCUCGAAGUGAGCUAAAAGAAUAAAAGACACUUUCGCUUCUGGACAUAGUUAUAUCGACAAAACUAGACCAACUCGAAAAUGGUUGGAAUUAUUAUUUUGUAAGUCAAAAAUAAACUUGACAAAUCAAAUAGGUGAAUAAGAGUGAGGUUUGGGUUGAGUACUUGAAUUCAACAAUUAAAGUUACAAACAAA